GUUACAGAAGGCGCAGGAGGAGCAUCGCUCCGUGGAGGUGGAAAAGGUGCAUCUGGAGAAGAAGCUGCAAGACGAGAUCAGCAUCGCCAAGCAGGAGGCACACCGGCUCCGAGAGCUGCGGGAGGGCACGGAGAAUGAGCUGAGCCGGCAGAAAUACGCUGAGCAAGAACUGGAGCAGGUGCGGAUGGCCCUGAAAAACGCCGAGAAGGAGCUGGAGUCCCACUGCAGCUGGGCUGCGCCCGAAGCCCUGCAGAAGUGGCUCCAGCUGACCCACGAGGUGGAGGUCCAGUACUACAACAUCAAGAAACAGAAUGCAGAGAAACAGCUGCUGGUGGCCAAGGAAGGGGCUGAAAAAAUUAAAAAGAAGCGAAACACCCUGUUUGGAACAUUUCACGUUGCUCACAGCUCAUCUCUAGAUGAUGUUGAUCAUAAAAUCCUAACUGCAAAGCAAGCUCUAAGCGAGGUGACAGCUGCGCUGCGGGAGCGCCUGCAUCGCUGGCAGCAGAUAGAGCUGCUCUGCGGCUUCCAGAUCGUCAACAACCCCGGCAUCCACAGCCUGGCGUCAGCCCUCAACAUCGACCCCAGCUGGAUGGGCACCCCCCGGCCCAACCCCUCACACUUCAUCAUGACCGAUGACGUGGACGAUUUGGAUGAAGAGAUCGUGUCUCCCAUGUCCAUACAAUCUCCUGCCUUGCCCAGCACCGUUCGCCAGCGCCUGGUGGACCCACAGCACGGCCAUGGAUCUCAGAGGUUGGUAGAGAGUUACGUGCAAGGCCAGAAUGAGUCAGGCCAACCUGCUCAUUACCGGGCAGGCAGAGUCUCUCUCCGUCGAAUGCACAGCCUCUCCUCCGGACAGUCUUUCAGUUCUGACCUUCCUGGCACCAGCCCAUCGUCGGCUGCCACCACCACAUCUUCCACCUCUUGCUCCUCAUCCACCACCACUGCAUCUGCUCCUGCUUGCCAUGUCCACCCCAUCUGUUACCAUCACACCACCUCCUCUUAUUUCCUCCAGAUGGACUCCAUCCCUGAUCUGCCCCCUCCUGAUGUCACCUCUGGAGUUCGCUGUCGCACUGAGAGCUUUGG